GAUUUUGGCACGCGGGUGAAUCGAUUUCCCAAGGUUACUUAAGCGUGUCUCACUAUGCUUAGUUUCGAGAAUGUGCGCGUGUUUACAGCAACUCAGUCUCUAGGAUCCAAACGACUAACCUUCGGUCCACACCACCUCACAUUUCAGUUGCGCGAUUCCGACGUUAUGAUUAUGUACAGAGCAAUUGACGGGUUUCGCUUGUGCGAAUCACCUACUGAACGUCGAUUCACACCAUCCAUACUAACUGGGUAUACGAUUGUUUUGUAUACAAAAGAUUUUCAUAUUUAUGAAUUAACUGUUAACAGUCUUUCUGUUGCUCGUUCUCUUGAGCAGUCAUUAGAGGGAGUAUCCUCAAUCGAUGACGUAACAUUGCUUUACCCAUUCUCUUAUAAAUCCAACCAAUUAUCACUUUUACCCGCAAUAAAAACCACUGAUUGGCCUAAUAAUAUCAAAGAGAUCUUGUCUGGUGGGAGUUGGCGUAGAAGCCAAUUAAAUGAGAAUUAUUUAUUGUGCAAUUCUUAUCCGAAAACAUUUGUUGUACCUGUUAAAUGUGAUGAUCAAAUGAUUAAAGAAAGUAGCCGAUUUCGUCAUGGUGGUCGUUUUCCUCUACUGGUAUACUAUCAUAAGCCAAGACAAACUACUUUAUUAAUAACUGCUGAACUAUUAAUUAAUCAAUCCACAAUUACCAACAAUCAAAAUACUUCAACUUUAUUAUCAUCGUCUAAUUCUAGUUUAACUUCAUCAACAAAAUCGAAUAAUUUAAUGAAUAAUUCAUCUUCAAAAAAUUCCAUAUCACCAUUUAGUUCAACAUUCAAUACUGGUCGAUGUCGUUCAGAUGAACAAUUACUUACUUGUAUAUUACCAGAUAGAUGUAGAGGUGUUAUAUUGGAUUUAAGAACACAGAACGAAACAAAAAAACCCCAAGCAACAAGUGGUGUUGUUGAAUUUGAACAAUAUUAUCCACAAUGGAGACGAGUUUGUAGACCGUUAGAAUCUACGGGUAACUUGAUUGUCACUUUCAGGAAAUUCAUUUAUGCUUGUACAUCAUAUGGUCGUGUAACUCGAUCUUCAAGCAACACAACAUUUGGUGCACUUCAAUCCGGAAUUAGUGAUUCUAUUGGAAUGUUGUCCAGUGCUGCAUUGAAUCCAAUAGGAAGUUUUGGAUCACGUAACUCCACGGCUGCAUCAAUCCCAUGUGAUAAUUCAGUCAAUUCAUUUAAUGAUAUCACUGUUCGUGAACAAAUAAAUACAUCGAGUAAAAAUGAAUUGAUCUCGAAUUUCGCUCAAUUAGAUAUUCAGUCUACUAAUUCAACUACUGAAUCUGAUUUAAGUAGUAAUAAUAAUAUAAAGAAAUCAAAAAAACUUUCAGCUUGGUUAUCAUUAGUUCGUGAAGCGUUAGCAGCUGCUGUUGCUGGAGCAACAGCUUUGGACGCUUUGGAUGCAUUCGCUCAACAACAACUUCAACAAGAACAAUGUUUGUUAGCUGAAAAACAGAGAAGAGCAUCGAAGGAGCAAAGUUUCGAAGAGGCAAAAUUACGUGGAUCAUGUGUAUUAGUGCAAAGUCGAAAAGGAACUGAUCGAGCUAUUCUCGUGGCUAGUUUGAUUCAAAUCAUAUUAAAUCCUGAGUCUAGAACUAUACAGGGAUUUCAAGAACUUAUCGACCAUACAUGGUUAAACGCCGGACAUCCAUUUGCAGAUCGUUGUCAAAAUUCCGCUUUCUCUCUUAAACCACCAAAAGAUGAGAGUCCAGUGUUUAUUCUAUUUUUGGAUUGUGUUUGGCAAUUACUUCGUCAAUAUCCGAAUUCAUUUGAAUUCACUGAUGAACUGCUUUGUAUUAUUGCAAAACAUGCUUAUUUCUCUGAAUAUGGUACAUUUUUGGGCAAUUCUUCACAAGAAAGAGAACAAUUGGAUAUUUCAUCUAGAACAUUUUCUUUAUGGUCAUACAUCAAUCAACCAUUUGUGACUAGUCGUUUACAGAAUCCAUUUUAUUCUGGUCAAAAAAAUGAUGAUAAUUCUCAAUCAACAACCAUAAUUGAUGGUAGUUAUGCAUGUUGGCCUUGUUUAUCUGCACAAGCAUUAGAUAUCUGGGAAGAACUAUAUCAGCAUCAAUUAGUAGGUAUUAAUCCUAGUCUAUGGAAUUUGCCUCGGGUUAUGGCACGUGUAAUUAAGGACAAAUUUGAAGCGGAACGGAAUAGAACUAUUCAAUUACGCAAGUAAUUUAUUUGUUUAUCUACUGUUGUGAGAACUAAUAAAUAGUUUGAUCUUAUCAUUCUAGACUUGGAUACUGAACGUCAAACAGGUUCGAAUGUUAUAGGGUAGUAUCAGUUCCUUCAUGAUUGUAGAUGUAUUUAUAUCCAGAGCUUAACACUAACUAUCUCGAACACAUAUAUAUUCUGGAACACUACUGAUCUAGUCAGAGCUUUAUGGCAAACUAUCACUGGAACUUAUAAUUUCAAGUAGUGUUCGUCAGAUCUGUUAGCUUUCCAUAUUUUUAUCUAACUUUGAUCAUAGACAUUGUUUUAGAGAUAAAUUGUCGAAGUGGAUGCAUUAGCUGUUUGUUUUCCCUUAGAUUCUAAUUUUAUAAGUCACUUUAUAAAUUCUUCUUCAUCACGCCCAUCUAUAUUUUCUUCUCAAAUUGUAUUUUCAAUGCCUAGUCUUUUCUAUUAUGACUAAUACUGUUACCACAUCUGCUGCUCUUUAAUUCGCCCUGACAAUUUCAUCUCAUCGUGCUAAUGGAGGUGGUAACAUUAACGGAUGUAUCUGUGUCCCACGUUCUACAUUUUAUGCGAUUAACUAACUGGACUGCGCCUGGAGCUUUUCUCAGUUUACUGCUGGUCCUUAGCCCACGUGAAAGAGGGUGGGUUAGGUAUGAGGUUAGCAACGUUAUCUCAACCAGGAAAAAUCAUUCAAAGCUUUUGAACUCUAUCCCUAAGAGUUGAAAGAUCAUUUUAAAAAGUUAUGACAAUUCAUGGUGAAAGUCGAGAUUCUUUGGGAUUUAUGGUGUUGAUGCCCUUUCUGACAACCAGAGGAAUAAUAUGGAAUGUCCGGACAAUGUAGAAGGUUAGCAGCACUAUUCGUGGUUUGGUCAAAGUACAUCGUGUUGUACACUUUGUAAUCAAUGAUUUCCGUUACAUUUUCAUUAAAAUUGUCGACCGUAAAUGUCUUUUUAUUUCAACAACACAAAACUAUCCCUUUUUAGGACAUAAGCAUAUAACCAUCAAUUCUAGUAUCGUUGUACUUGGCAUUGUAUGACUGAACUGGCUCAUAUUACCUUUACCCUUACGAAAAAUGUUAUUCCUAUGACAGGUAUAUAUAUAUAUAUAUAUAUAUAUAUAUAUAAGUAUGCGUUUGUGGAGAUUGUCUAUUUUUAUUGAGAUCAUAAAUUGAUCCGAAUUAGAAAACCAUUGAAAACAUUGAAGCACCAAACGACUGUUUCCUCUUAAUAUGAGACUUUUCAUCAGUGACCAUCUGCGGCACGACGAUUGAAAGUCGAAUCCAGGACCUUCAACCUCUCAUGAAAACUCUUAACUUCUAGAGUACUGGGUAGGGAUCCAUUCGUGUGCAAGUAUGACUUUAACCAUUUCACCAUUUUGUGCAAUUCUCUUCCAUUGUCUCAGAUGGGUACUUUUCUCUUAAGUUAGACUUGUGCAACAUUGGAUGCCAGCUCAGCGGUCUAGAUGUGAAGCGUUGCUUGUAAUAUUUUACGUAAUGCGUGUACUGUGUAAACCAGCUGUUUAUAGUUUGAUGUGUUUUUACAUUCAUUUGUGUUUCUGAAUUGUAGUUUUGUGUGAUUAAUAAUAUUUGUGGCAUCAAAUGCGAUUAAUUGAUCUAAACCUUGUACUUAUCGACGCUCGUAAGCAAAGUGUAUAUUUACAAACUGUGAGAGGUUGGCACAACAUGAGAGUCAGUAAAUUCCCUCACGAUCACCAAUACAAUUUGCUUAUAAGUUUCAGGGCUUUUUAGAGACUACCCCUAAUCAUACAAAUCAAAACAUUGAGCUGAAGAGUUAACACGAUAAAUAAAUGAAACGCAAAGUGCUCUUUAACUGGUCUAACACUUCUACCUUAAGUUUGUGCUGAUAUGAUGUCGUUCAGAAGAAAGAUGAAAGCUCCACGACCAAACCAUCCAGCUCAGAGAACAAAACUCCAUCUAACGCUUCUCUCCUAACGACCGUUGAUCCUUAAGCUUGACUAUUGAAAAAAACAAAGGUAAGCUACGCUGGCGAAUUCGAAGAGAAAAUGCAUAGUAAGUAUCUAAAUUUUGUUUGAUGUUUUCUCAUGAAUCAGCCAUUUAAAAUGCUACAUUCACACAUGACUCACGAAUUCAGAAAAUAAGUUUUUGACUACUCUAGGUAGGCUUCUCGAUUAACAAUCCCCUUCUCAAUAUAUACAUAUAUCGUAUUACUUCAAAUAAAUACUUUCUUCAUAGUGUAAUUCACGAGUCGAUCUUAACUAAACAAUCAUCGGAAAUUCUGGAAGCCUUGAACUGUUGUUUCGUCCUAAUAUGAAAAUCCUCAUCAGUGCACAUCUAUGAUCCCACAUGUGGGACUCAGACCCAUGACCUUCGGUCACGUACGAACUAUCAAUUAGUCCUAUACUAGAACGAAACACCUAUCCAAUACUUCCAGGUUUUCAGUAGUUGUCUACUUUAGAUCGACUUACGAAUUCAACUAUGAAAAUCCUACCAUCUCCACAAAUCUCCUUAUACUGAAAAUAUUUUUUCUUGUUUUAUUUUUGCAUAAUAUAGAACACUUGAUCAACUUAUGAAUGAAGCUAUCAAUGCAGGUAUUCUUCAUGUAAAUCAAUAAACUUUUUUUUUUGAUAACUUAUUCAACUUCAUACUUAAUUUGUUUACUAUGUAAUAUAAUUUAUUAGUAUUUUCUAUACUAUUUAUUUAUAAAUAAGUAGUAUGAUCAUAUUGUAAAUGACUAUCGAAUAAUCUCUUCAUCAUUUAUUUUGUUUUAAAUCACUACAUUAAUCUUUCAAACAAUAAACUAAUGAACAAAUGAGUUGCUAUGGUGUUCAUUUAAUGUAAUGACCUUGAUAUUGUAUUCAUGAUAUUUCGAUAUUUAGUAUUCUAAAUGAUAAUUAUUAUUUCACUGGUUGAAAUCAUGAUUGAAUCGAAGCUAGAUCACCAUUCAAAACCUGGAAGCACUGGACGGCCGUUUCAUUCUAGUUUGGGACUCCUCAACAGUGCGCAUCCAUGGUCCCAAACCCCGCGAGAUUCGAACCCAGGACGCAAGUUCGUGCAUUGUUUGAAGUUAGACAUUAACACCGUUGGAUGGUAGCCGGCUCAGUGGUCUAGUUGGUUAAGCGACUGGCUCGAGACUGAUAGGUCCUGGGUUCGAAUCUCUCAAGGGGCGAGAUCGUGGAUGCUCACUGCUGAGGGGUCCCAUACUAGGACGGGAUGGCCGUCCAGUGCUUCCAGGUUUUCCAUGGUGAUCUAGCUUCAAUUGACUCAUGAUUUCAACCAGUGACAUUUCUAGAAAAUCUCCACAAAACCCAUUGUGAUUAUAAAUAUUAUGUUGUGCUAUAUACGAAAAUUUAUAUGCUUUGCGAGUGAGACUAUAGUAAUUUAUGGACGAUCUUUGAACGACGCUAAAAGUAACUUGAGAGUGUCCAUCUAAUAACUUGGAUCAAAUUAGAGUUAUGAAACAUUGUAGGGGAUUAGAAUUAUGAUUUUCAGUUGAUAGUUAGGAUUAAGAAUUAAGAUUUAAAGUUCUCAUCACGAACUGACAACAGUUGUUAUAAUGCUAAAACUUAAUUUAUCCAAAUGGAUGAAUGAAUUUCGCGCCAAAAUCUGAGACCUUUUAUCUUAUACAUGAUUGAUUCGUUCAUAAAUUAUAGUCUCACCGCCUUGUGAUUUGGUUUUGGUUAUACUGUCAAUAAUUUGUAUUGUUUUACAUAAUAUGUAACAUAUCUUCAACUUGUAUUCAUUGCAGUAUAUAUAUGAGAGGGUAGUUUAGAGAUUGUUAAGUUUCACACCACCGGCUGUUUUCGGAUAGAUAACCAUUAAUAAUCAAGAAGAGUUGAUUAUUUGAUCCACUCUAUUAUGUGACUCCUUAGUAGCUCUUAUCCACCACUCAAAAAACUCCAUUUUAUACAUAAGAAGUCAUUUAUAGUUCAACGAUUGAGCAACUAUUGUUCACAUGUGAUGUAUAUUCUCAAAGAAAAUACUGUACAUCUUCAUAGUGUGAGGAGAUUGAGGUACAAGCUAAGGAUAAAGUCAAAUAUAUCAUCUCAAACAAUUGAUAUUAAUACACUGACGAGAUGCGUGUAAAGUUCUAAAGGAUAAUUGUUCAUCGAACAGUGCACAAUCAUCAAGUCAAUGAUUAUUCGUCUAGUCAGUAAUAGGAAAGUACAGGUUUGUUGACCAAGAUUUCAGAGAUAUUAGAAGCUGUUCGUUGAAGAUCACAAACAUGAUCCUUUAGUCAAAUGUAACAUAGUGUUUCUCUCAAUGUUCUGAAAUUGACUUCCGACUGAUAUUUUUGACAGACAGUGAUUAAAAUGCCGAUCUACAAAGUUAACCCAGCUCAGAAUGCAACAGACAUCUACAGAUGAUAAAUCAAUGUGACGCCAUAUCGAAAGAAUUCAUUCAAGACAAUGAUCAGAGUUGGGAGUGAAUAUCAGUCAAUAUGGAAAUAUAGACUGCCACAAUGUGAUAUGGUCACCAAAGUAAACUAAACAACUAGAAAUCUGUACCUAACUUUGAGUAGCAUCGAGGUCGAUAGUAAUGAGCGAAUUGUAAAUGAACACUUCAGGUGGUUGGGUGACGAAUCGAAAACUUCCGUACGAUGCACUUCGAUGUCUACUACUUUGUGAUGUGAAUGAUAUUACUGGAUAGUGUUUUGUAGUGGUCGACCGAAAAGUUUGAUGCAUUAAGUUUACUUGAGAAUGUAUCGAACAUGUGUUAUUCUUUGCAUUAACUACUACUAUUAUUUCUUUUGCUUACCUAAAAGUCCUAAUCGCCACUUUUCAUAACUUAUAUCCUUUCCAAACAUCAUGUGACGAAAUCUCAAUCACAACAUCGAUUUCUUAUUUUUAUACCUGAGCUAACCAAUGAUAUGCCAACUAGUACCAGUAGUCAUGAGUCAACUAUUGUUCCUCAUUGGUCCUCUAUAUAGUAGCUUCUCACCUCACCUUGUUUGCCGUGACUGUUCAGUCCAGAACAUAAUAUCAACCUUCACUAUAUUAAUUAUAUAUUUCGAACAUACGCUGUUUAUAUUUAAGUACACCGGACCGAAUUUCACCAUAAAAUAAAAAAAUAGAAACUAUACGAGAUUUUACUGACCCAGAAUCUGAUUCCAGUUAUAUCAUAGGUUUGAUUGAAAUAUACCUAUCAUCAAUCCUCGUAUAUAGUUAACGACUUAAAUCGCGUUAGUGAAUAACGGAAUUGAAUAAAUCAAAUACGAGAAUGGAUUUCUGAAUACAUUUAUUUUGUACAUUCAUUGAUCGGAACAGACAAUCAGGGAAUCGCAGCGAAUGAAGCGAAGAAAAGUGAGCGAAGCGAAAUGAAAGGAUGCGCAGUGGAAAUGUCGUGUGAGACAACUCCAUGUAAACAAGUGGUAAUCAAUAUUUAUAGUCACAGAAAUGUGAUGAUUAGGAUAAGAAGUGUACACAAAUAUACGCUCACAUAAAAACAAUCAGGUUUGGUAAGUGAAUAAUCAACGGUAUUGAAACGUGACUCAAGAAGAAUAGAUAAACUGAACUGUCCAGAAGCUAGAAUAAGUUACAUGUGCUUCACAUAGUAACCGACACUACAAAAUCAAGCCAAAAGUGGCUGCGUAUGGGAACUGUAGCCAAUAGCUUGGAAAUAAGGAUUUGUUCUUAUUCCAUUAGGUUUCCAUCAGAUGCGCUGCGGCCACCUUGGACGUGUUGUCAACUCGUACUUAUUUCCUGGAUUCCUUUUAAUUUCCUUAUCCAAUUUAGUUGGUAUAUUUAGGGGUAUAACCACGUGUAUAUCAUUUUCAGUCUCCCCUCUUGUUUAGUCGCCAUUUCUCCAACUUCAUAAAUGAUCUUCCUUCUCUGCGUAUUACAGUUCCAGUCUUCCAAAUUUUCACUAACCCAUGGGAAUCUCUUGUCAUUACCAUUUGCGUUAGCCAUCAAAGAUUAAUUUAAUGGGUGUCGUAAUAUAUCCAUAUAAGUUACAAAAUACAAUAAUAUCUAAUCAUUCCCAGAAAUCAACUCAGCAUCGUAACAUCCAUCAGUCUAGACAUGUCUUUGAUAGCGUUGAUACUAUCUGGAUCUGGGUG